AUGGCGGCUACAAUUGGGAGUGAUUGCAGUGGGCUUCCUCUUGCCAUUCAUGUGAUCAAAGGGCUCUUGUCAAAGGUUGAAAGAUCAAGAAAUGUUUGGUAUAAUUUUUCAACGGAUAUAAAAGCUUCAAUUGUUGAAUCGGACGAGCAUUUCUCCAGUAUACUUUCCUUGAGUUAUAACCACUUACCGAUUCGCUUGAAACCAUGUUUCUUGUAUAUGGGAGCUUUUCCAGAAGAUUACGAGAUUAAGGGAUCUAGACUUAAGAGUAUGUGGAUAGGCGAAGAAUUUGUGAAAUAUAAUGGAGAUAAGAGUUUGGAGGACGAGGCCGAGGAUUACUUAAAAGCUCUAGUGGAGAGGAAUCUUGAUCUAUGCAUAAGGAAGGCUAACAAGGAGAAGUUUUUAAACGUCAAGAAUUCCUUGCGCCGUGUUAGUAUUCUGUCACCAUUUGGAAUAGAAGAUAUUGAUUCGGGUGCUAGAUGUAAUGAGCAAGGUUUUCCGAUUGGAAUAUCAAAAUUGUGGAAUCUGCAAACCUUGAUUUGUCAACAACCGACAACGCUUGGUUUGCCAUCUGAGAUAUGGGAGAUGUCUGAGUUAAGACAUCUCAAGUUGUACACAACAAUUGAAAUUGGGAAAGGAUACAACAUAAGAUGUGCUUGCAAGAAACUGCAGACGAUUUACUUUGUGAGGAUAACUCCUUCUCUGAUUAGGAGUGGUUUCUUUGAGAUCAUCCCAAAUGUCAUAAAGUUAGGAAUCUAUUACAUCGACUCACCCGACACUGAAGUUGAUCUUAGCCAUCUCCGGAAACUCGAAAAGUUAAGAUGCGAAUCUGAGUUGAAUAAAGACGGUAGCCGUUUUCUGCACCAACUCAUAUUUCCAUGUAAUAUUAGAAAGUUGGUUCUAGUUGGUAGUGUGGUGUUUCGGAGUUUCUUGACAACUCUAUGUGCGCUACCGAAUCUGGAAGUGCUUGUAAUAAGCGAUUGUGUGUUUGAAAGAGAUGGGGAGGCAGAGGAAGAAGUGUGGGAGGUGACAGAAGGAGAUGAGUUCCGUUCGCUGCAAUGUCUGCGCCUCAUUUCCUUAAAUAUAGUGCACUGGAGAGCCGAUGAGACCAAUUUCCCUAUUCUCCGGGAGUUGUAUGUAACCGGAUGCAAUGAUUUAGAGGAAAUCCCAUGA